AUGACUUCGAUUCCGGGGAAAAAGAGAAACCUGAACGAGGCAGAUCGGACGCCCGUUCGCACCCAGCCGCGUCUGAAGCUCAACAAGCGGCUGGUUCUGCGAAUGCCGCCGAACUUCGGCCGGAAGAGUCCUUCUGUCUUAUCCAACUCCCAGGCCACCAGUGAGGACCCGAAAGAGGAAACAAAGUCAGACACGAAAUCGCAGAUUAGCACUGAGGCCGACUCGAUACUGAUAUCGUCUGAGAAGCCUGAAAAGCUGUCUGAGGCCGUUUUGAAGGCUCCGGAGUCGGUCAAGACGGAAGAACAACAAACGGAGUCCUCUAUGGUGGAGGAGGAGGAAGAAGAAGAAUCAGACUCUGACGAAUCCAUGUCGAUGGAGGUGAGGCAGGAACUGUACUCGCUGGUCAAAUCGUUCCCGGGACUGUCUUCCAGAUACAAGUUGAUCGACAAGAUUGGUGAAGGCACUUUCUCGACCGUGUACAAGGCGUACGACUUGCAACGAGUUUCCGAAACCAGCAUGGGCCACACUUUGUGGAGCUCUCCUCCAGCAAAGAACAGAGUUAAUAAGCCAACACACAAGCUCGAUGUUCCUGUUGUCGCACUGAAACGUAUCUAUGUGACCUCGUCUCCAUCCAGAAUCUACAACGAACUUCAAUUAUUGCAUAGCCUCGUGGGAUGUCCCAACGUGGCUCCACUCAUUGACGCCAUCCGGUACGAAGACCAAGUGAUCGCAGUUCUUCCCUUCUACAAGCACGCCGACUUCCGCGAUUUCUACAGAGAUAUACCACUGUCUGGAAUUAAGAUUUACAUGCACGAACUGUUUACGGCUUUGAGCUUUGUGCACGAGAAGAAGAUUAUCCAUAGAGAUAUCAAGCCCACAAACUUCCUGUACAAUCCGUUAUCCAGAAAGGGAGUUCUAGUUGAUUUUGGAUUGGCAGAAAAAGAAGCAGAGCUUGACUAUUCUGCAUGUCCGUGCUUCCAAGGAGGAGCUUCUGCGGACGAGAUUGCGCCUGCUAAUGCAUUCCCGGCAAAGGGGUACCUAAAAGACGACCGUAGACCGGGGAGACGCGCAAACAGAGCUGGAACUCGUGGUUUUAGAGCACCUGAGGUUCUGCUCAAAUGUGCGAAUCAAACGGUCAAGGUGGAUAUCUGGUCUGCAGGCGUGAUGCUUUUGACUCUGCUGUCCAGACGGUUCCCAUUCUUCAACUCCACCGAUGAUACGGCUGCGCUGGUCGAGAUCACGAGCAUAUUCGGGCUAAAUCAGAUGCGCAAAUGCUCGCAGUUGCACGGGCUGGGGCUCGAAAGCAACUUGCCCAAGAUCGAGUCUGUGCAGUCUCUCGGUGCUUUGCUUUACACGUCCAUUUUGCUUGAGGCCAAACAGGGCGACACUCUGGCAGAUGACUCUCCCGCAUGGGAGCUACUAAGUGCACUGGACAAAAAAGGCCGUCCAUUGCCAACCAAGCUUGGAACGCAGUAUGGCGACGCUCUGGAGCUGCUCGAACUGUGUUUGAAGCUGAACCACAACGAGCGCAUAACUGCCGACCAAGCUUUAAAACUACCAUUUUUCAAGUCGAAAUCCAACGACGCUGACGACAUUAUAUUAGAUUAG